AUGAUUCUGGUGCCUUAUCUCAGGACUAGAUACCCAGUCCCUGUUGACAGCUCAGGCGGGGCAGCAGGGCGACCAGUUACUAGCUCAGCUGCAAAGGUGUCCCACGCUGCCAGUCAUCAGUCGAACCUCUCUCUUGCCAGCAUGACAAUGCAUAAGGGCAUGUUGGUAACGGAACUCUUGUCUGAACGAAAGCUGCUUCAAAAUCUAUCCAGACAUGUUAUUUGUCGAGCAGUGACUUGUUUAGAUCGACAAUGGCAGAAUUCUGGUGGAUCCCAAACGGAUGACAGCGUUUGGGGAGCGAGCGAUAUCUACAAGUUAUAA